UUCGCCUGGACAUUGGAUUUGCACAUACGUCUCAGUUGCUACUUGAACUGUUGAGGAAUUCCUCAAACGUUCGUGUCGGUGUUGUGUACAAUGGCGAAAAGCCACGGGGAGCUUGCCAAGGAGGCCAUUGUGCUGCUCGACAAGUUCACUGCAGGGAGAACGAGUUUGGAUGACUUUAUGGAAGCUGCAGCAAAGCAUCUGCAGGAUAUGGAACCUGAAUCUAUGAAGUUCAUUCUUGAUCUCGUCUCUGGAUGCAUCGAGUACAAGAAGUUGCUGGACAUAGUCAUCAAUCCUUUCUUUGGUCAGGGUGGCAAACUUAUAUCCAAACGUUAUCACAACCAUUUUGUUGUGAUAUGUUACCUCACCAUAUUCCACUUUGAUGACCUUGGACUUCAGGCUUUCAGCAACAUUGUCAGAUCUCUGGACAUUAAAAGCAUGCACAAUUUCCUGAGUUUCUUCUUUAUGAACCUCACCACUUGGGUACAAGAUGAGUGGAAUCGUGUCUAUGAUGUUGCAUAUGUGAAGGACCACUGGAUUGAGCCUCUGCUCAGGAAGCGCUCUGAGAUUGAGCCGCUCAUGGAGAAGCUUGCUGCCAAAGUAUCGGAAGGGAUGCGCUUACGGAAAGCUCCACCAAAAACUACUGACCUUAUGGAGUUCUCCUUUGUUAAACCUAAAUCAACAUCUGCACGUCAGCCUCAACUCAGCCCUCUGCCGGAAAAACACAAAAAAAUACCCAGCAGCACUUACAGGACUCCAAAAGUGAUCCAGAUCUUAGAAGAGAUCAAGCAAAGGAACCAUCAAGUGGCUGAGGAGCUGCUAUAUGAGGUUAAUAUGAAACAAUUUGGAUUUGCAAGACCAAGAAGGACUGAUUGCACACAGAGAUUGCUGUACCAGAUAACUGAAGAUUUGGAAUCAAGGCUGCAGUCCGAAUCAUAUAAUGCCAAGGCACAUCCUCCUCCCAUUAUUAAGGCUUCUCAGGACGUCGGCCCUGUCAAGCUUAACACUGCUGCCAUGCUGAGGCGCAGGGUGCUACAUGACCGCCACGUGGAAGACAAGCUGCAGAGAAUAGAGAAUCUGGUGGAAGGGGCACACGAGCCUUCAGUUUUUCUACAGAAGGAGAAAGAAAUGCGCGAGAAAGACCAUCAGGAUAAAUUGGCAAAGAUUGAGCACAAGCACGCUAGUGUAAUUCUCAGCCAUUGGGAGGCCGUUUUAGCCCGCGCACAAACAAUAGAACGUAACAAGAAGGCUGCUCGGCUCAAAAGAGAUGAGACAGUUAAGCGGACUCAGCAAAAUGCCCAGAAAAGGUUGGAGGAAGAAAAAGAAAAAAAAGACUUGGUGCAGCAAGUGGCAGAAGGUCACAGUAACUCCCAAAAAGCUACAGAGAGGGUGAAGAAAUUCAAGCAGAGCGCUGUAAAAGAUUUCGUAGCGCACAAUCAGGAGAUCGUUCGUCAAGCACAAGAAGAAACAAAGGUAGCGCUAACCAGGAAGUUGGAAAUAAUCAGUGAAAUCCAUGCCAUGGAAUGUUUCCCUAAUGUGAGAAGCAACAUGUUUGAUGACACAGAGAUUGCAGGUCAUGAACUGCUAGGAGAGAUGUCCCACGCCGAGCUGAAGGAGCGUUUGUUCCUCAUGAAGGAAGCAGAGGUGAACGAGCAGCAGAAGAAACGAGACCUCAUCCAGAGGGAGAAGCAGAAGAAGAAGAAACUGCUGUUGGAGGACAUGGAGAAUAUCAACCUCCACAGUAGAGCCAUGGCAAUGGCCACUACCCUCAGGAAAGAGGAGGAGAAGCAAUCCGAGCUGCAAUUGCAGAAGACAGUGAUACAGGAUAUAAAGGUCUUGGCUAUGCAAAAGAAGAUUGAAGAAGUGAAGAAGGAGUGUCAAAAACUGAAGAAAAAUGAAAGCAAGAAGGCCAAACCAUCAAAGCAGGCAGCAGCACACCCCGAUGGAACCGUAGAGACGCACAGUAAAGAUGGAUUGAAGAAGAUAAACUGGGAAGACUUGGAGCAGUGUUUAGAGCGGCACAUCGAGAGGAAAGCUCCUCAUGUUAUUUCUCAGAGAGGAGGUCACUCAAGAAAUAAAUUCAAUUGAAUUUCAUUUCAUUGAUGUAUAUAGGGCCUUAUCACACCAACAGGUUUUGUGAUGACACUUAAGCUUCUAUAUCAAAUUCAGUCUUCGAAGAAAAAAAGUUCUUAGUUUCACUACUGUUCAAGUUAGCGAUUUAAAAAUAUUUUGAUUACUGUGGUGUAUAUUUGCAUUACUACAAAAACAAUAAAAAACAUGAAAUUAUUACCUCAGACAGUGUCAAUUCAAACUGAGUAUUCUCAUAAAUAUUUUGGAUGCAAUUCUUGUAUUGACGAGAUAGCGCAGGUGAGUGUACACGAAAGUGAUCCAGUGAAUUCAGUACAUUUUUGAAUUUUGUAUGCAGUUAAAUAUUUGGUUUAACAAAAGUUCAAGCCAUAUUGAUAUAUUUUCUCCAAAUACAGGUGGAAAAAUUUGAAUAUCUCAGAAAAGUUCAUUUAUUUCUGUAGUUGAAUUCAAAUAGUAAAACUCAGAUUGUACAGAUUAAUUCAAUGCAUCAGAAAAUACUUUUCAGGCCAAUUCCUACCUAAUUUCUUAAUGAAAAAUCAUUUUCAGCCUUCUAUGUAAUUUCUUAAGAUGGUGAAUUGUGUUUUUUCUUUAGCUGUGAGCUAUAAAUCAGCAAAUGCGUACAAUACAAUCAUGAAAUGUUUUACUCUGUGUAUAGGGAAUUAUAGGAUACUGUUGAUGAGUUUUAUUUUUUGAAUUUAACUACGGAAAUAGAUUACGUUUUCAUCAAUAUUCGGCUUUCCUUGAGAUGCAUCUGUACAUUUAACCCCCUAUGUAAAUCAUAUUUAUUUGCAACCUUUACAAACUUAAGUUUGCAAAUGAACCAACAAAACAAGAAUGAUUUCAAAAGCUCAACACACUAUUUUUUGAAAGUGGCAAUGUACAUUUCAGAAAUAAAUAUCAUUUACAAUGGGGGAUUAAAUAUUUUGAGUGCAACUGUAUAGUUAAGCGUAAUCAAAAUAGUAUAGCAACAUUGGUUUUGUACAAGUAUCGCUUAACCACAUACAGAAAGUUUGUCAUCACCUAUUUCAUCAUUAUUUAUGUGUCAGUGUUUUUGGGCUGUACAAA